GUAUCCUCUGCUACUGAACAGAUUUGUCGCGAUAGAAACUAGCUACACACCGGCAUUUAAGCUACGAAAAGAUGCUCCAUCAAGGGAUUAAAACAUUCAAACAAACGGCAAAAAGUCUUGAAAAACUUUACCCAACUGUGGCCAAACUUUGAUAGACCUCAGCCCCCAGACCACUUCCUUUCCAGUUCCCAGUGUGUUAGCAUUGUUUUAUCUCAUUGGCUUUGGACGCGUCUUUUUCUUCUUCUGGAGCAGUCCAGUCUGAUGAAUUCACCGAAAAAAGACGGAGAUGAUGAUGUGCCCGUUAAAGACCCGGUAAAAUACGGCGAGCUGGUCAUUUUGGGGUACAAUGGCUCUCUUCCAAGCGGAGACCGUGGGCGCAGAAAGAGCCGCUUCGCUCUGUACCGAAGGGCCAAGGCCAACGGUGUCAAACCCAGUGCCGUGCACAUCCUCAACACGCCACAGGACAGCAAGGCAGUCCACAGCAGGGGGCAGCACAGCAUCUCUUUCACUCUGUCCCGUAACCAGACGGUGGUGGUGGAGUACUGCCAUGACAACAACACAGACAUGUUCCAGAUCGGACGCUCCACAGAGAGUCCCAUCGACUUUGUGGUGACCGACACCUCCGGAGGAAGCAAGGAGGGAGAGGACCCCUCCAUCGCUCCCAGCACCAUCUCACGCUUUGCCUGCAGGGUGGUGUGUGAGCGCAACCCACCUUACACUGCACGCAUCUAUGCCGCAGGCUUCGACUCCUCCAAGAAUAUCUUCCUUGGGGAAAAAGCAACCAAGUGGAAAAACCCCGAUGGGCACAUGGAUGGUCUGACCACCAACGGCGUGUUAGUCAUGCACCCAGAGGGUUUCCCAGAGGACCCCAAGCAAGGCCUGUGGAGGGAGAUCUCGGUCUGUGGAGACGUUUACGCGCUGAGGGAGACGCGCUCCGGACCCAGCCGGGGCAAACUGGCGGAGGGAGAGAGCAGCGCGCUGCGUGACGGUUCCCUGGUCGAUCUCUGCGGCGCCACCCUGCUGUGGCGCACCGGAGAGGGACUCAUGCGGGCCCCCACCCUGCGGCACCUGGAGGCCCUCCGUCAGGAGCUCAACGCGUCCCGGCCUCAGUGUCCCGUCGGCCUCAGCACGCUGGCCUUCCCCAGCCUCCCGCGCAGCCACAGCCUUGAAGAGCGUCAGCCCUGGGUCUACCUCACCUGCGGCCACGUCCACGGACGCCACGACUGGGGCCACAGAUCGGAAGGAGAAGUGGAGCCGGCGGAGGGCGAGGGCUCCACGGCCCGGCGGGAAUGUCCCCUGUGCAGGAGCCUGGGCCCCUACGUGCCCCUGUGGCUGGGCUGCGAGCCCGCCGUGUACGUGGACGCCGGCGCGCCCACCCACGGCUUCGUGCCGUGCGGCCACGUCUGCUCAGAGAGGACAGCCAGGUACUGGGCCGAGACCCCACUCCCCCACGGGACGCACGCCUUCAGGCCCGUCUGCCCCUUCUGCUCCGCCGCCCUCAGCUCCCCCGGCUGGACGCGCCUCAUCUUCCAGGGCCCCAUCGACUAGUCGCCACCUCCUCAGCCGCCACCGUCACAUUAACAGGAAGCCACCUGAGCUUCAUUCAUGUCGCAAAUACUGAGCAGUGCCAAGAGGUAAGGAUUUCGGACAUGAUUCGAUGCUGUCGGCUCACUUCCUGUGGGCACGGCGGCCCGCUGCAGUAUUGUGCCUCAGAAUGAAGCUCAGCGCUGAAGAAUCCGUCGCCUUGUUUAUCCUUCAGUGCUUGUUUAUUGGUGUGAGAUCAGAAGAGUUGGGUCAUGAAACAAGAUGGACGAAUCAGUACUGUAAAUUAAUUUGCUUUUUUAUUGCGUCUACCAGCCGAGUCUCCUUCAACAAUGCAUCAUUCACAGAAGUAACUUCCAGAGCGGUUAACAGCCAUGCCGCUCGACUCCACACCAACAUGCAACGUCACCUCGUCCUUUAACACAACACAGGAGUAGCUGAGUCAUCAGGUUUAAACGCCCUCGUACGAUGAGCUGAUCAUUAUAUUUCUGCACUAUUUAAAGCAAUGGCCUUGUUUCCCAGUUUACCUGCAGUUUAUUGCAGGUUCAAGAUAUAUAAAGAAAAACAAAAACCCUAUUGCACUUCCAGGUCUGCUAUCUCACCACGUCUCGCUUUAUCAGUCACGUCACGCUGACAGCGCUGUCACCACAUGUCAGAUUUUGUGGAUUUAUUAUUGGUUGCUUCAAGUGUUUGAUCGCAAAACAAAACAUCUUCAUCUUGAUAGAUGUGCUGUCUUAGUUGGCUCUUUUUUUCUUUUUUUUUUCCUUCUGCUGUUUUCUAUUUUUGGCAGUUUGUUUUCAGAGCAGUAUUAACCGCUUAUGGUCAAUUUAAAAGGUUUUUCUUUCAUGCAGCACUGAAAGUUAGAAAAUGACGACAUUUUAAGGAUAUACAGGUCUCAUGUUUUGUCUUUACAUAUCCUUCUAGCGUUGAAUCUAUGCAGAGAACCCCUUCCGCACUCCACUUCUUGUGUAGUAUUUGGUUGGACAGAACCCCCACUGUGGCUGAUUAGCGGCGAAGCACCGGUGGGAGAAACGCGCUCGGAAGAUCUUAUCCCGAUCAGGAAGCAGAGCGAGGAUAAACAAAGGCACGAAAACUGGGUAAACUCCACUUCACAACUCUACCAAGCAAUAACGGCACUCCCAUAGAUAAUAAGCUAGAUGUUGUGCGCGAUGUUUAGCCGGGCGUGCGGUCAGCAGGCCCUUCAGACGCGGCUGAGACGGAUUCCAGGUUAAGGGCUCAACCAGAGGCGUGUUCAACUCCACGGCUGCUCCUCACACUCCACACCGGCUCUCUCUCUGGGGACGUGCGGUGUCACCAACGCGCCCGAAUUUAGAGAAGAUUAACCAACCAAAUCCAGCCGGACCGUUCCCGCCGUUGAACACGCCUCUGGUUACCGAAUCGCGCUGAACAGGGUCCACGUUGGUGUGAUGGCGCGUCGACGAGUUUGACCUUGUGUAACCUCAAAAGAAUACUCUUUUGUUUUGAAGAAAAUAAAAAGCUAUUUUGU